AUGGCGGCAACGAGAACAAUGGCUACGUUGCGGCACAAGAUGUGCACUGCACAUGGAAUUCUCACAUUAAGGUUACAUCUCAUCCAGUUGGCGAUCUUGGUAAUGCUGUUACUGGGCAAGGCAAACGCCGACUGCGAGUGCGGCUAUGCCACCUCAGUGGCAAGUGAAAACCAAGAGGUGUUAUUCACAGACCUGCUCGAGACGGACUUUACGCACCUCACACACCUGCCAGACAACACCGACUGGUUGGGCCAGACGUGGAACAAGUCGAGCAAGAGUGCCCGUGGCGAUUUCGGCGAGGUGUUCACAAAAGACAACAUCGUUCCCAAUCCCGCCCGUAGCAGUCGCAUUAUUCGACUUGACACUGGGGCCAACGGACAGGCGGCUGGUCUCGACCUCAUCGUCAGGAGCAAGGUGGUUGAUGACAUGGUGCCGAGUGCGGAGCUCGACUCUUCGAGAAGCGAUAUUCUAUGGGGAUCCUUUCGAGCUGGUCUCAAACUCACGGGAGACCCGGGUACAUGUGCAGCUUUCUUCUGGUACUACAACGACACACAAGAAAUCGACAUGGAGUUCCUCUCCCAGGAAUUUGAUGCAUCCAAAAACAUCUUCCCUGUCAACCUGGUCCUACAGUCCCGCGCGGCCCUCGAGGCGGGCUACAACGCGCAGGCAACGGGCAACUUUAAAAAAAUCAACCUCCCCUUCGACCCGACGCGGGACUUUCACGAGUACCGCAUGGACUUUCUACCCCAGCGCGUCAUUUUCUACGCCGACGGGCAGGCGCUCGCCGAGAUGACGGGCGACGCGGUCCCCGACCACCCGGGCCACCUGAUCCUGCAGCACUGGAGCAACGGCAACGCGCUGUGGAGCGGCGGGCCGCCGCAACGCGACGCCAUGCUUACCGUCGCCUACGUCAGGGCGUACUUCAACUCGUCGAGCGACGCCAGGAAGCAGGACUGGGAGAAGAGGUGUCAUGAUGUGGCCGCCCCGGGCGCAGUCUGCCAGAUCCCGGAGAAGGUGAGCGUCGCGAACCCGUCGCUGUUCAGCACUGCGUCCAACAUGACGAACAACCAGACUGUGUCGGCGGGUGGGUUCGAGGCACGUAACUCCCUGGCGGCUGGCGCGAACGCUGUGUCGUGGUUCGCUGUGGUUGUUGCGCUGCUCUGUACGGUUUUCUCCUCUGAUCUGUGGUGA